AAGCGACGGUAUGCACUUAGGAAGGAACUUGUAUCCAUGCUGUUGGCUGUCUCUAUGUGCACAGCUCUACAUGCCAUGCAAGUAAAGAGCACUCCAUAUCUUUUAAGCUCUUUACGCCCCUCUUUGACAUAGAAAGGGCCAAAGAAAUCUACUGCUGAGUAUGUAAAAGGAGGUGAUGGUUCUAGUCUGUCAAUAGGCAAGUCUGCCAUCUUCUGUCCCUGUGUUGUACUUCUAACUUUACGAUAGAUAAUGCACUUUGAAAUGUGCCUUGAUACUAGGGAUGAUCCUCCUACUAUCCAGUAUCCACAUGACCUGAUUUCAUUUAAAGUUAUUCCCCUGCCUUGAUGAUUUGUCCUUUUGUGAUGGUGGCAUAUUAUCAGCUGGGUUAUGUGAGAUGUUUUGGGGAGGAUGACUGGAUGUUUGGAUUCAUCUGUCAGAUUAGAAAGCCUCAAUCUUCCUCCUACUCUCAUGAUAUUUUUGUCAAUGAAGAGAUCUAACUUAUAGAGGGAACUGGUCUUGUCUAUCACUUUUGUUCCCUUGCCAUUGUCUCCUUUGAUUAAAGAAUUAUGGUUAGCAGAUGAUUUCAGUACAUUUACAUAUCUCCUUUUGGAAUGCCUUUGCUUGCAGUUGUUUUAUAAUUUCAUUUUCAGCUUCUGACACUUGUGCUACAUUUACUGGCUCAUAUAUGUUUCUCUUUACUUUAGUAGUGCCAUCACCUUUUCCUCUGAAGCUGCUCAGAAGCUUGAGGCAUACAGCAACUGCCCUCUUUGCUUUAAACCAGUCAGAAAAAUACUUAAGUCUUUCUAGUAUAUCUAUGGGCUGUUGUGUACCUACAGCAUGGCAUACAACUUUCUUCCCUUCAGGAUCAUUCUUAUUUAUGACCUUGUACUGGGAAUGGCUAUCCAUUUUACUAUGCUGCCCAAGGAAUUCUGGGCCAUUCCACCAGAUCUUGCUAUUAAACAAUUCAUCUGCUGUCAUACCUCUAGAUGCAUGAUCUGCUGGGUUAUACUGUGUCUCUACAAAUUUCCACUGAUCUGGUGAAGUGUGAUCUCUUAUUGUAUCUACUCUAUUUGCAACAUAUACAUGGAAUCUCUUUGCUUCAUUUGCAAUGUAACCAAGGAUUACUUUGCUGUCUGUCCAAAAUACUUCUUCCACAUUAUUAUACUCAAGUUCUCCCUUCAAGAGUUUAUGGAUUCUAACUGACACCACUGCUGCUGCUAGUUCUAGUCUGGGAAUUGUCAUGGUUUUUAGAGGUGUGACAUGUGACUUUGCCAUUACUAAUGCACAAUGAAUUUAGCCAGUCUUGCUAAUUAAUCUAAUAUAUGACCACUGGCCAUAUCCCUCUUGACAGGCAUCUGAAAAGUGAUGGAGUUCAACCUUUUCUACUUCCCCAAAGUCAUCAGGUUUGUAGCAUCUAGGUACCUUUAACUGAUCUAGUUUGUGCAGCUCAUCCUUCCAUUUUAUCCAUUUAGGUUUGACAUAAUCUGUCACCUCAUCAUCCCAUUCAACUGCAUUCUUACAUAAUUCUUGUAAAAUUUGCUUUCCAGUCAGUAUGAGAGAUGACACUAGACCUAAUGGAUCAUAUAUAGAGCUCACUGUUGACAGAAUGCCUCUCCUGGUGAGUGGCUUGUCUUUCAAUUUUAUUCUAAAUUGAAAUGUGUCAGAUUCUAUGCACCACUCAACUCCCAAAGUUCUUUCUGUAGGCAGUGUGUCUUCAUUCUUACUAAAAUCCAAACUUUUAAUUCUAUCUGCUCUCUCAUGAGGAGAAAUUGCAGCUAAUACAUCUUCGUUGUUUUACAAGAACUUAUGAAGGUUAAAACCUCCCUUGUAACAUAAUUCUUUGCUCUGCUGAAUAAGAGUGGCAGCUUCAUCCAUUGUAUCUACUGACUUCAAACCAUCAUCAACAUAAAAGUUGUUUCUUACAAACUUGGCUGCAUCAGAUCCACACCCGUAGUCAUCUGCAGCUUUCUUAAGUGCAAAGUUGGCUACACUUGGAGAUGAUGUAGCUCCAAACAGGUGAGCUGUCAUCCUGUAUUCAGCUAUCUCAUUAUUAAGGUCACCAUUUUCCCACCAAAGGAAUCUUAACAUGUCUGUGUUCUGGGUUGACAUUCACUUGAUGGUACAUUGCUUCUAUAUCACAUACAAGUGCAAUCAUUUCUUGCCUAAACCUACACAACACUCCAAUAAGUUUGUUGGUAAGGUCUGGGCCUUGUAACAAGUGACUGUUUAAUGACAGGUUCCUGUAGUUUGCACUGCAGUCAAAGACAACUCUCAACUUCUUUGGCUUUCUCGGAUGAUAGACUCCAUGAUGUGGAAUGUACCAGACCUUACCAUCAUUCCUAACUAAAUCCUUUGUCAGUACAACCUCUGCAUAAUCCUUUGUAAUCAUAUCAUCCAUGAACAUUUUGUAAUCAUCUUUGUGUUGAUUAUCCUUCUCAAGUUUAGCUCUUAACUUCUUGAGUCUCUGCUCUGCUAAUAGUUUGUUGUUUGGAAGCUUGAUGUUAACAUCUUUAAGAGGAAGGGGCAACUCAUAAUGGCCAUCCUUCAGCUGAUGUACUCCUUCUUUCAUCUUACUCAUAAACCUUUUAUCUUCAUAUGAUAAUGGAGUGUCAGCUGACUUUCUAUCACUGAAGUCAAGUUCAAACAUAUCUCUCACUUGAGAAGGAUUAAUCAUCUCUUUGGUUUUAGUAGGAACCACUAAGAAAUUAACCCUCUUUUCUUCAUUGAUUUCUACUUCUUGUGUCACUGUUCUGUAGAGUACCACUGUAUCCUCCAAUGGACUUGAAUUGGGUGAGAUUCUACCAAUGAUCCCCCAACCUAGCUCUGUCCUACAAGCAUAGGGAUGCUUCUUGCUAUCACCUGCUAUUUGCUCUUCUGCCAUAAUGGCUUCUGCAUAAUCAAGACCAAUGAGGAGUCCUAUGUCAAUGUUUGGGUCAUAUUUCAUUAGUUUGUCAGAGUGGGGCCAGUCACAAGUGGGGCCAGUCACAAGCAGUCUCGGGCCUUGGUAUCUGACUCCAUCCAGCUGAAAUGUUUUCUGUUGAAUAUGCUGAAGGGAUUGAUAUUUCCACUUCUUCAUUAUAACCUCUUACUUUAAGUCCAUGAAUUUUGAUAGAAUCAGUGAUUUGUUUUCCACUUAUUGUGUGGAUAUUAAGUGACACUGAUGGUCUGCUAACUCCCAAUUUAUUCAGAGUGCUUUCCUUGAUGAAUGAAGCAUCAGACUGCUCAUCCAGCAGGGCAUACACUAAAACUUUAUUCUCUUCAUUACUAACAUGAUGCAACCAUACAGGAACUAUCAUGGUGUGCAUGUCAUGUGUCACUGAUUCUGUAACUUUGACCUUAUUUGCUACUACUGUGGGUUUAUCAUCUUUAGGCUGAGUUGCUUGUGCUGGCACCUUUUGGCUCUCAGUUCUUGUCACAUCAUCAUUGUGAAGAGCUGUGAGAUGGUAUCUCUGACAUACUUUACAAACUUUCCUUCUUCUACAAUCCUUUCCUUUGUGACCCAUUUUUAGACACCCUGUACAUAACCAUUUUUCUUUAGCAAAUUUGUACCUAGUAUUACCAUUAAGUUUGGCAAAUUCCUUGCAAUCAUCUAAAUCAUGAUCCUUUGUACAGUAGUGACAGAAUCGUCCUUUCCUUUCCAGGUCCUUGGGAUACUGUUUGUUGGCUUGUACAUUUACUUUACUUUGGAAUGACUACAUUGGUUUUUCCUCAAUUGCUUUAGCCAUGAAAGUUCUACUCCCUCUAUUCUUUGUCAUGAUGUUUGAUUCCCUUGGUUUCCAGUUGGUUGCCCUUGUGUGAGUUUUGAUCCAGUCAUUUACUUCCCUACUUACUGAAUUCCAGGAAACAAAGGGAUUGCUUGCUCCUUUUGCUUCUUUCUGGACAAAUUCACAUAACAUUUCAAAGGGUGGAUGGUGCUCUUCAUCACUACUAGGAGUGUUGUUAUUACUGUUAGUAUCAAGAUAUAUCAUUACUUGCUUUCUUCAGUCAUGAACAGUAUGUUCAGGGAGUUUUGCUAGCACCUUUCUCUGCUCUCUCGGGUCAUUCAGAAAUGACAAAUGAGAAGUGUGUUUCAUUGCAGCUAAACAGCACUUCAAAAAAUCUGAGAAUGCUGUUAAUGCUGGACCAUUAUGCAGAGAGAGAUUGGUAGCCAAUUCAUUAACAUUUUUGUGUAAGCAUCAGCUAUGAUGCUUUUGUCUCCAAAUCUAUCCCUAAGAAUUUUCUUUUGCUUGCACAUAGUCAGCAUCAGAGUUAGAGUGCAUUAACAUUUUAAUAGCAUCCUUUGCCUCACCAGUUGUAUACCUGUCUAAGUAGGCAAGUCUCUCUCUACCAAUAGAAAUUUUAGACUCUACAUAAGUUUCAAAGUUUUUCAACCAACUUGGAAAUUCCAUGGGUUCUCCAUCAAAGGUGUUAGGUUCUAUUGGAGGGAGGCUCCACUUGGGAUCAGGUAUGUCAAUUGCAAAGGUUCCCUCAGGAUGGGAAAAGGAUUGAUGAUUCUGUCUCACAUUAUUAGGCAUGUUGACAUUAUGAGUGUGUCUACGAGAGCCUGGUACAAGACUUUGAGCUGUAGGUUUGAGAUUUAUUACCUGAGGUUCACUAAAUAUUUGUCCAUCUACUUCAUUUGUCAUCAUUUCAUUAUCUCUAUUGCAAGAAGGUUCCUGUGGGUCAUGGAAUGUAACAUAUUUGUGAAGCAUGGCAUUGUCACUUUGUUGAUUUGCUUUGUAAUUUUGUGACUCUAUGUAUUGUUGAAGAUAACUUUGCUUCUCUACACUUUCAUCAUUACCUGGAAACAUUUUUACUUCUUCUUCAACUAAGCUAAGAGCAUUAAGUUCUGCACUACCAACUGCUACUGCAACUGCAACUACAACUGCAACUGCAACUGCUAAAUCUCUCUUUCUUUUUCUUUGCAAACAUUGCCUGGUCUCUUGCUAACAUAACUUCUGCCUCUGCUUUUGUCUUAGCAAACCUAACUUCUACCUCUUCUAAACUAUCAUGAUAUUCCAUUUCCUUUCUAAGUCUGGCUACCUUUGCUGCUGCUUCUUGCUUUCUUUGUGCUGAUGAACGUGAUGAAGUAGAUGAGACUCUAGAAUGUCUAGACCAUUUGCUAGAACAAAUUGAUCCUUUGUCAUUCUUUAAUUCUUUUCUUUUACAUUCUAUACUUUCUAAUAUUUCAGGGUGAACUCGUUGGUUGUGUUCCAGCUCUUCAUUUAGCUCCUCUGACUUUUCUGGCUCUAGUUCCACCAGUUUUGUGUAUUCCACAUAAUACUGAUGAAAUGCCUCUAUUACUUCACUUGACAUGGGCUCUAAUUCAAAGGGGCUAAUUAAAAUUUUUAGUCCUUUCUUAAUUUUGCUGGUAACACUGCUCCAUUUACGCUUACAGGACUCUGCUCUUCCUUUGGUUACACCGACUUGAUAUUCUCUUCCUUUGUCAGUCAGCACUCGCUCCCUGACACUAACUUCUUCAUUACAAGUUUGAUCUUUGUCUACUUGCUCACCCUCACCUUCCCUAAGGCCAUCUACGUCAUUAAUUUCCCCAGUAUCAGACAUAUCUAACAACUUAAUUGUGUUAAUACUGAGACACUGAAAGAGCAAUUAAAAUUACCACUCUAGUACUAGCUAAUUCUGGGUAAUUUUCACUUAGGCUACUCAAUUCAGUGCACAUACAUACUAUUAUAUUUUCUUGCCUGUGAUCAUGGGUUCUACAAAAUGGUGGCGAGGCACAGUGGGUAGAAGGGAGUGGUUGCCGUCAAGGGUAGAACUGACCCCAGGGCCUCAGAGGUCAACCUAUAGGCUUACAUCAACGUCCCCUCAUCCCGUGACUCACUCUUGCUACAGUUUCACAUGGAGCCAAUUUCUUGCUUGUAGGACAAGUUCUUACUGUAGCCGCACUGGCUAAGCAUCAAUUGGCUCUCAGGUGAUCUGUUUUACUGAUCACAGCCAUCAUCGUGGGGUUGAGGAAAGGCAGUUCUCCCUGACACGUUUAUCGAUGAGGUAGGCAUGACCGUAAGAACUGCGAACAAGUUCUCGGUCUCAAUUUCUUACAAAAUAACAUUAUACACUGAUAUUAAACACUUUCAACAUAUUACAAUAUUCAUUAACAAUACAUGCAAUUAACUUAGCACUAUGACAAUCAGUUUUUACUACAAAAUUGAAGUAUUUACCUUGGUCACCAUCCUGCCCAUCUUUGUCUGAGCGCGACUUGGCCGUGAGUGAUGCCCGCAGGCGACCAGCGGGUUAACCCCACACUACCAACAAGUGAGCAUCGGCUUCGGUGCUUAAUAUAGCAUUGAAUACUGAUACUUACACAUAUUACACGUUUUCAUGCAAAUAGAAAACUAUUGAACAUUUCACUUAUAAAUGCCGAGGAAUUAUGACGUGAGGUACAUAAGCUUUACAUACAGUAACAUACAACAUCCUUGGCUACCUUUUCUUGUUCUCUUUCCCUCUUGUAUCUUACUGGCUCUAUUUCCACUUUUAAUCCAUAUACAGUAAAAUCCCUCUCAUCCGGCAUUCGAGUAUCCGGCAGUUUCAAGUAUCCGGCACAUUUUUCCCUAAGCCUUAAAAUCAAUAAAAAAUCAAUGUGUACUCAUAAAAUCAAUUAAAAUUCCCGUGCGAGGCAUACUUUGUCCCCUCGCCACCAGAGUGCACUGCUUCGCGCCACCUGCGGCCCACUGCACUGUGUUUACUUAGUGACUAAUUCCCGCGUGUGCACUGUUUAUUGCCUGACGCCUUCAUCAUGCCUAAAGUUUUAGAAAAGAGGAAGCGUGUUGUGCUUACACUUAAGCAGACGGUAGACAUUUGUCGACGAUUAGAGAGAGGUGAAAGCAGACAGCAACUAAUGGCGGAAUAUGGUGUGGGCUCAUCAACUAUUUAUGACAUUAAAUCCCAAACGAAAAAGUUGCGGGAUUACAUGAAAGCCACCGACACCCCAAAGGCAGUGGAAAAUCAUCACACACUGCAGUAUCAUCGUGGUGAAAUGAUGGACAAAGUGUUAUACGAGUGGUUCAGCUUAAAAAAAUCAAAAGGAGUCACAAUUACAGGCCCAAUGCUACAAGAGAAAGGGCGUGAUUUAGCUAAGAAGAUGGGCAAGGAAGGGGCAUGCCAGUUCUCUGAUGGCUGGCUCCACAGGUUCAAGGUUCGUCACAGCAUAAGGAAGCUGGACAUCUCGGGAGAAUCAAAAUCUGCCAACUUACCCUCGGCUGAAGAGUUUGUCGACAGGUUUGCGAAGAUAGUUAAGCAGCAUAACCUGACAUCUGAGCAGAUUUACAACGCCGACGAGACUGGCCUGUUCUACUGCUGUCUGCCAAGAACCACAGUUGCAAGCGAGUCGGAGGGAGACGUGAAGGGAUUCAAACAGAGCAAGGACAGGCUGACAGUUCUGUGCUGCGCUAACAUGGCUGGUAUGCACAAAGUCAAGUUGUGCGUGGUUGGCAAGCACAAGAAGCUGCACUGUUUUAAAAACGUGAAUUACCUGCCUGUUGAUUAUCGUAACCAACGAAGUGCUUGGAUGACGGCUGAAAUUUUCCUUGACUGGUUCAAGCAUUGCUUUGUGCCAUCUGUCAAGGAAAAUCUGAAGAAAAAUGGUCUCCCAGAGGACAGUAAGGUAGUUUUAUUAUUAGAUAAUUGUAGAGCUCAUCCACCAGCAGAGGAACUUGUUGUGGGAAAUAUUUUUGCUGUAUAUUUGCCCCUUAAUGUCACAAGUGUUAUUCAACCCAUGGAUCAAGGGGUCAUUCAAAAUUUUAAGAUGAACUAUUGUAAGAGUUUCCUUCGCAAACUUGUUAAUUAUGAGGACAGCACAAUCCCCGAGUUCCAAAAACAGUUUAACGUUAAGGAUGCGAUAUUCAUGGCUUCACUUGCUUGGCUAGAUGUUAAAAGGCAAACAUUGAUGCGAUGUUGGCGCAAAUUGUACCCUUUGAUGAUGUGUGAUGAUGAGGAUGAUGAGGAGUUUGAAGGGUUUGUAGGUGGCAUGAAAAAUUAGGUGGUGAGCGAGCUGAGGGAAAUGGGGAGAAAUGUGCAACUUAAAGUGACAGAUGAAGCGUUACAGGAAUGGGUGGACAUGGACGAAAAUCAGGCCGUAACAUUCACUCUCACAGACGAGGAAUUUAUCAACGCUGUAGUAGAAGAUCAUUUAGAGAAAAUUAGUGAUGAUAGUGAUGAUGAUGAUGAUAAUGAGCCUAAAGUAACUUGGGAACAGGCUGCGAAACACAUAGCUGGCUUUGUCAGGUUUGCUGAGCAGUGCACAUACAUGUCAACCCGAGAUGUUAUGACCCUUCACUGCAUUGAGAAUGAGUUUUUGCUGCAAAGAAGAAGGAACUGCAAACAAGGAGACAUUAGAAACUAUUUUAAAGUAGCUUGUAAGGGAAAAGAAGUGGGGCAAACAAGUACAGAAUCUGAUGAUGUUGAUGACCUGGAGGGUGUUGAAUGAGAGGUGUGGGGAGCGAAAAAGUGUGACAAACACUCGUACAUUUUCAUAUCUUUGUUGUAUGCUAUACAUGUUGGCUAAUAUUGAAUAAAGCAAAUAAGUGUA